AAAGGAUCUAACUUUACUAUUACUUUGAUUAGUCUAAACGAAAGAUUUGUUUCCGUCAGAUCGAGAAUAGGGGGCGGAGUAAAUCGAAAAAAUGACGGCGGCGAUGGUGCUGAGCGGAGGCGGAUCGGCGGCGGAGAGAGACGCAAGGUUGGCUCAUUACGCGAUGGCGUUUGUUCAGCUGUUUAAUGGAGGAUACCAUGUGAUAACGAAAGUAGCUCUCAACGUUGGAGUUAAUCAGCUUGUCUUCUGUGUCUGUCGUGAUCUUCUUGCUCUCUCUAUCCUCGCUCCUCUCGCCUAUUUCCGCGAAAGAAGGAUUAGACCUCCAAUGACUAGAAGCCUUCUCUUUUCAUUCUUCUUUUUGGGCUUAUCAGGGGUAUUUGGCAACCAGUUGUUGUUUCUUGUCGGCCUUACAUACACAAAUCCAACUUAUGCUGCUGCCAUUCAACCAUCCAUCCCGGUCUUUACCUUUCUUUUGGCUGUAAUGAUGGGUACAGAAAGAGUGAACUUGUUAAGAAUCGAAGGUCAAACUAAGGUUGGAGGAACACUUGUGUGUGUUUUGGGUGCGGUAUUUAUGGUUUUAUUUAGAGGCCCGGUCUUGUUAGGAGAUAAAGAUGCAGACUUUGCGAUGCACAAUGAAAUCAGCGCUAAAGGUCAACCUGAGCCUACAGGGUGGUUAGUCACUGGCUUUCUCGACCUUGGAUUUGAGCAGUGGCACAUUGGUGUUUUAUGCUUGAUUGGAAACUGCAUGUGUAUGGCUACUUUUAUUGCUAUUCAGGCACCGGUUUUGAAGAAGUAUCCAGCAAAUCUUUCGGUUGCUGCAUUAUCAUACUUCUCCGGUACAGUACUAAUGGUCACAACAGCAUUCUUUAUGGUAAAGGAGCCAUUAGAUUGGAAGCUAACACAAGCUGAAAUUCUCGCAGUUAUAUAUGCAGGGGUUGUCGCGUCAGCGCUAAACUUUGGAAUGUUAACUUGGUCCAAUAAGAUAAUUGGUCCUGCAUUGGUUGCUCUCUACAAUCCUCUUCAGCCUGCUGCAUCAGCUUUCCUAUCGAGAAUCUUUCUCGGUAGCCCUAUUUUCCUCGGAAGCGUUGUGGGUGGAUUCUUCAUCAUCUUAGGACUCUAUAUGGUCACAUGGGCAUCGUUUAGAGAGAGAAAAGCAUUGGCUUCAGGGAUUGCUAUAGCGUCUCAUAGUGCAAGAACCCCAGAGCCUCUGAAGAAGAACCCAGUUGUUAGCAGAAUAGGGCAGUUGUUUUCUGGAUUAGGCAGUUCCUCUAUGAAGUCUGCAGACUAAAAAAGAAGCCAUCAUAAAGUUAAAAGAACCAUAUUUUUACAGAAGAUUUUAUCUUUGUUACAUUCAUCUCAGAUUAAUACCUUAUUUGAUUCCAUCUAUAUAUAUAUAAAUCAUAGAUUCUCAGUGUUUUAAUCCAACG